CCUUCUAUACAGUUCAACAGAUUUGUGAUCUAAAGAAGACUCAGGAAUCCAAAGCCAACAAAAAAAAACAUCAAACAUCCAAAGCGAAUUCUCAAAGAAGAUCAUCUAUAAUCAUCCGCAAAACGUGACGUGAAGAAGACAAAGAACAUGAAGCAAAAGAUCCUGAUAAGAGUUACUAUGACUGAUGAUAAAACCAGAGCAAAAGCAAUGAAAACUGCCGCUCAGUUUGAAGGAGAUCACAGGAACAAGAUUGAGGUGACCGGUGUUGAAGUCAACAUGAUCUGUCUAACCAACACACUGAGGAAGAAGGUAGCCUUCGCUGAGCUUGUAAGUGUAAACAAAGUUGAACCACCCAAGAAACCAGAGGACAACAAGAAGAAGGAUGACAAGAAACCAGAUGAAAAGAAACCUGAUGAGAAGAAAGCCGAUGAGAAAAAAACAGAGGAGAAAAAAACAGAGGAGAAAAAGGCAGAGCCAUGUUGUUGUAAUCCAUGUUAUCCACCAUGGCCUUAUAGAUAUGGUGUGCCAUCUUCCUUUCCACAUUCGUGUGAUCCCUACGGGCAUAACUUUAGGGAUUAUACUGGGGAACUUUUCUACAACUACGGACCCAAUUGGAGGUUCAUAUGAGAAGACUAUAACAAAAGAGAUAACAGCUUUUCUAUACUAAGUGUUUCAACUAGGUAAUGCAAUCAGAUUUGUCAUAUGAAUAAAAAACCCUUGUACUCCAAACCACGCAGAUUAUAUACUUGCACAUGCUAUUAUGAAAUGAAAAGCUAAAUCUUC